CUAGCCAGCGGGGUCAGGAAGUGAACUUUGUUCCUACUUUGACAACAACUCGUGUUGGGGACAACGUUGAACCUCUCAAGUGUAUUUGGUCGCUCCUUCCUGCCUCCUCAAGAGUUCAGGCUCUGAGAAGACAACAGCCAUGAAGUGGGGCUGGGUGUUUUUGGGGGUCUUCCUCUCGUUGGGGGCCCUGUCCUGGGCCGAGAAAGGCUUGGAAUCCCCCGAGUACGACGGCAAAGACCGGGUCCACAACCUCAACGCCAAGAACUACAAGUCCAUCAUGAAGAAGUACGACGUGAUGGUGAUCUACUACCACAAAAAUGUAGACGGGAACCGCAGUGCCCUGAAGCAGCUCCAGAUCGAGGAGCUGGCUCUGGAGUUGAUCGUAAGCGAAGCAGCAAAUAUCUUUCAGCUCGCAGCUCAAGUCCUGGACGAGCUUGAUGAUGAGGACAUUGGAUUCGGCCUGGUGGAUGAAAAGAAAGACUCUGCUAUUGCUAAGAAGCUGGGUCUGGAUGAGGUUGAGAGCAUCUACAUCUUUGCAGACAAUGAGAUCAUCGAGUACGAUGGAGAAUUGGCCGCUGACACACUGGUGGAGUUCAUCUUUGACGUGAUUGAAGACCCAGUGGAGAUUAUUGGCAACGAGCGGGAGCUGAAGGGCUUCUUCAACUUGGACGAGGUCAUCAGGCUGGUCGGCUAUUUCAAGAGCCAGAAAUCUGUUCACUUCAUGGAGUUCGACGAUGCUGCUGAGGAGUUCCACCCCUUUGUCAAAUUCUAUGCCACAUUUGACAAUAAGAUUGCGAGGAAGCUGAAGCUGAAGCUCAACGAAGUUGAUUUCUACGAGCCGUUCAUGGAGGAACCCGACACCAUUCCAGGAAAGCCCUACAUCGAGUCUGAGCUCGUCGACUACAUCGAACAACACGACAGGCCCACACUGAGAAAACUUGAACCUCACAGCAUGUAUGAGAUCUGGGAGGAUGACAUUAAUGGAGAACACAUUGUUGCCUUUGCUGAGGAAGAUGACCCUGAUGGUUUUGAGUUCCUGGAGAUCCUGAAGGAGGUGGCACGUGAAAACACUGAUAACCCAAACCUCAGCAUCAUCUGGAUCGACCCUGACAAUUUCCCCCUGCUGGUUCCUUACUGGGAGAAGACUUUCCGCAUCGACCUCUCUACUCCUCAGAUUGGUGUUGUUGAUGUUGAGGAUGCCGACAGUGUGUGGAUGGAAAUGGACGACCCUGACGACAUGCCCUCAGCUGAUGAGCUGGAGCAGUGGAUCGAAGACGUUCUGUCUGGAAAGAUUGACCCAGAUAAUGAUGACGAUGAUGACUAUGACGACGAUGAUGAUGAUGAUGAUGAUGAUGAUGAUGAUGAUGAUGAUGAUGAUGAUGAAGAUGAUGAUGAAGAUGAUGAUGAUGAUGAUGACGAUGACGAUGACGACGACGACGACGAUGAUGAUGAUGACGACGAUGAUGAUGAUGACGACGAUGAUGAUGACGACGAUGAUGAUGACGACGAUGAUGACGAUGAUGACGAUGACGAUGAUGACGAUGAUGAUGAUGACGAUGACGAUGACGACGAUGACGAUGACGAUGACGACGACGAUGAUGACGAAUAAAUUUUGACCACCAUUUUUUUACAUCAUACUUUAGCCAGUUACGGCAAAAUAAGCAGUACCGGAUAUCUUUUUUUGUGACAUCUCGCAGCAAACACGCCGUCUCUGUUUGCCUUCUGUACGUUUUCCGACGCGGGACAAGCACUGUGGCCCCAUGGGAAAUUUUCUAUUGUCAGUUAGAGAAGACGAUUUUCAAAGAAGCAGAGGAGAAGAAAGAAACACUGUUGACGACCAGCUCUGAUGUUCACGAUGAAUACGAGCAAAGAGGCGAACGAAAGCUAACGUCACAUGCAGCCCAGAGGUUAACCCUCUGUCAUUUUUCUCUUUCAAUGACAUGUUUUCUACUUGAAGAAGAGAAGAAACAAGAGAAGAAGAAUAGAAAUCGAAACUCACUGGACAGUCUUAAAAAUACUGGAGAAAGCCGCCAUAAAUGUCCAGAUAAUAAAGCAACACAAUCUGAUUUGUUUCUGCUCUCAUAUUAAAAAAUAAACUUGU